AUGGUGUUCGACUGGAACAAGAAUGCGUUCAAUAACUACAAGAUACAAUUAAUUCACUUUAUUAGGAUUUUUUCAUAUUCGACCAAAUCUGACAGGCUCUUGCUCUUUGCUGCGACGGCUGCGUCAAUAUGCAUGGGAGUCACCAUCCCCCUUAUGAAUGUUGUGUUUGCACAGAUGGCCGGCGUCUUCACCGAAUUUUACAUGUCAACAUCCAGCACAAAGCAGGAGCUGGGUUUCCGCACGACAAGUGUUCGAAUAUCAUCAGCCAUGAGACUGGCUUAUAUCAAGGCGCUUCUAGAUCAACCCAUCGCUCUUUUUGACAGCCUUCCUCCUGGUCAAACUGCUGCCAUAAUUACCAUCACGGCAAACAACUUGCAGAUUGGCAUCUCAGAAAGACUAUCGAUGUUUAUCCAGAGCAUCACGUUGGUUGUGACGUCUCUCAUUAUAGCAUUCCAUUACAACCGAGACUUAACCCUAGUGACAAGCAUCGGGCUAGUGGCCAUUGUUGUCUUCUACAGACUAACAAUUCCGCUUAUAGCAAAGUCUAUGAAAGAGAUAGAACAGGCUGAUGGUAUGUCGGCUUCUGUUGCCGUCGAUUCCUUUAGUUCGAUCAAAAUGGUAGCCGCAUGCGGAGCAGAAGGGAAAAUGGUGAAACGGUAUACAGCAUGGGUGGAAACAUGUCGACAGAAGGGUCUAGCAAUGUCUCCUUUAGCAGCAAUUCAGCAUUCACCAGGAAUCUUUGCUAUCCAUGCAACCUAUGCUCUAUCAUUUUGGUAUGCAAUUCAUUUAUACAUGCAGCUGAAGAUACCCAAUGUCACCUCUGUGGUUAUAGCAAUCUCGGCUAUCAUGAUGAUCGUUCUCUCUCUUGGAGCUAUAUCGACACCGAUCUCUUCUGCCACCCGCGCUGCUGAGGCAGCUAGUCUUUUCUUUGCCAUUAUCGAUGCUCCAGUUCCUCAGAUGAAAGGGGCAAAAGCCCCGGAGGUUUCCGCCCAAGAUGACAUUGUGUUUGAAAAAGUCAAUUUCACGUAUCCCACCAGGCCGGAUGUCCAAGUCCUCAAUAAUUUGACGGUCGAAUUUGCACGUGGGAAGACGACUGCCAUCGUUGGAGAAUCGGGUUCAGGAAAGAGCACGAUUGUCGGAUUGAUCGAACGAUGGUAUGAUGUAGGCAACUCGCCUUAUGUUACCAGUUCCGGAUUCAUCUCUGUUGGUGGCCGAAAUCUAAAUGAUAUCGAUGUCCGGUGGUGGAGAUCACAAAUCGGGCUUGUUCAACAAGAGCCGUUUCUUUUUAACGACACGAUAUACAAAAACGUUGAGUAUGGUCUGAUAGGUACCAAAUGGGAAAAUGCCUCUCCGCAGAAGAAAAAAAAGCUGGUGUAUGGAGCCUGCGAGGAAGCAUUUGCGGAUGAAUUCAUUUCACAGCUCCCAGAGGGAUAUGAUACCACUGUUGGUGAUGCAGGGUUGAAGCUUAGUGGUGGCCAGCGUCAACGGUUGGCAAUCGCGAGGAGCAUUGUGAAGCAACCCAGUAUUUUGAUUCUCGACGAAGCGACAAGCGCCAUUGACGUCCGCAGUGAACGAAUCGUUCAAGAUGCUUUAGACAAGGUAUCCAGAAAUCGAACCACAAUCGUAAUUGCGCAUCGCCUAUCAACUAUCAAGAAAGCAGACAAGAUAAUUGUGAUCAAGAAGGGUAAGCUUGUCCAGCAAGGGACCCACGAGGAACUAUUAAACGAUAAGAAUGGUCCAUAUUGGGGUCUCGCAAAUGCACAACGUCUAUCCCUGGACGGCGAUUUUUCAACACAGAUGCAAAACUUCCAUCGCCGUAGUCGAGUUGCGGAUUUAUCACCAGCUAAGAAGCUAGCCAGGGGGCCCAGAACAGUUCCUAGUGGUAAAGAAUCUAUCUCCACGGCCACCGAGACAUCUGGUAGCUUUAAGAUAUUUGUUUGGGAGCAAAGGCACCAAUGGUGGUGGUACACCCUGAUGGUCCUUGGUGCGUUGGGCGCCGGUAUAUCGUUCCCAUUGCAUGCAUAUCUGUAUGCAAAUGCUAUAUCUUUAUUCAACCUCUGGGGCCAAUACUUACGCGACCAAACCAACUGGUGGUGUCUUAUGCUUCUUCUCUUGGGCUUUGGUGCUGGAGGAAGUCACUUUAUUUUAGGGUGGUCAUCCAAUACUGUGUUAUUUAACUUCCUAUCCGAUUACCGCCAAGAGUACUUUCGAAAUAUUCUAUCAAAACCUAUAUCGUUCUACGAUGAUGAAUCCAAUUCGGUAGGGGGUCUGAUAGUUCGCAUAGCCAGUGAUCCAGCACAGCUUCAACAGUUGCUUGGUCUCAACAUGGCCCUGGUACUGACUUCCAUCUUCAACGUUUUUGGAUCAAUCUUGCUGUCUCUCUAUUUUGGCUGGAAGCUGACUCUGGUAACCGUUUGUACGUCGAUGCCGGUUAUUCUUGCCGCUGGCUAUCUUCGCAUGCGAUACGAAGUCAAAUUUGAAAAGAUGAACAAUGAGGUCUUUACAGAAAGCUCAAAGUUUGCUGCAGAGUCCGUCAAUGCUUUUCGUACGGUUUCGUCGCUUACUCUAGAAACCGAAAUCUGUCGUCAGUACGAAGCGCUCUUGCAGGACCACUCCAAAAAGGCUUUUCGCAAAGCGCUGUUGUCAACCUGGACUUUUGCAAUGAGUGACAGUAUAGCUCUUCUUUGUAUGGCAUUUGUGCAAUGGUAUGGUGGACGACUUCUCGCCAGCUACGAGUAUACCCCAUUCAAUUACCUAAUUGUGAAUCUUGCCAUUGUGCAAGGCAGUACAAGCGCAGGUCACUCGUUAAGUUUUGGUCCGAGCAUAUCACAAGCUUUCGCAGCUGCCAACCGAAUCCGGAGUAUGAGACCUCAAGAAGAUGUCAAGAGUAGCGUGACUAUAUCCCGAUUUGGCGGUUCACAAGCAGGCAAAAAACGAUCCCAAGGCGUGAAGAUCGAGCUCAAGGGGAUCUCGUUCAAAUAUCCGACUCGAGAUGUUCCAGUAUUAAACGACUUGAACAUUACAAUUUUCAGGGGCCAAUUCGCCGCCAUUGUUGGCGCCUCUGGAAGUGGGAAGACUAGUAUAAUUUCUUUGAUAGAAAGGUUCUACGAGGUUCAGAAAGGUAGAAUCCUCUGCAAUGGUAUUGACAUCAAAGAUAUCCAUCUGAGCAGCUACCGAGGUUCCAUGUCCCUUGUGGCACAAGAGCCGUUGUUAUUCGACGGAACCAUCCGCGAAAAUAUUCUUUUAGGCGUCGAUGAGGCCAAAACCUCGGAUGAGGUGCUGCAGCGUGUGUGCCGCGAUGCCGGAAUCGAGGAAUUUAUUUCCUCACUCCCGGACAAGCACGACACCAAGAUCGGACCUCGCGGAGUUGCUCUAUCGGGAGGCCAAAAGCAGCGUGUCGCCAUUGCGCGAGCGCUGAUCAGAAAACCCAGGUUGCUGCUGCUGGAUGAAGCAACUUCAAGUCUUGAUUCUGAAACCGAAAAAUCUGUGCAGGCUGUGUUUGAGAGGACCAGGCAAGGCCGCACGAUGGUGGUAGUUGCACACCGGCUCGCCACUGUUCAGAAUGCCGAUGUGAUCUUUGUGAUCGGUGACGGCCGCGUGGCCGAGACAGGGACGCAUGCCUCGUUAUUGAAGAAGAGAGGUAUAUAUUAUCAGAUGUGCCAGUCGCAAGCUCUUUUCAAGUAG